AUGCAACAGGCUUUAGAACAAGCUGUGGACCGUGCGGACUAUGUCAUCGCAAGUGCCCAGCAGAGGCCUCCUAAAAGGAAACGCUCGUCGAGUGGGGAAGCCUCUCUCUAUGAAAAACUUUACGACAUGUAUGUGGAAGAAUGUGGGAAAGAGCCUGAGGCUCCGGAGGAACUAAGAAGCAACACGAACUUGCUAGAGAAGCUCGUUAGGAGAGAGUCAUUGCCGUGUUUAGUGAUCAACCUACACCCAGGAGAGGAGGGAUAUUCCCUGAUGCUCGAGGGGAAACACGGCGCAUAUUCGGAGACCAUUCGGCUGCCUUACGAAGAAGGGGAAUUGCUGGAAUACCUGGAUGCUGAAGAAUUACCUCCUGUUCUGCUGGACCUCUUGGAAAAAUCUCAGGUUAACAUUUUCCACUGUGGGUGUGUCAUAGCACAGGUGCGGGACUACAGGCAGUGCAGUGGUGGGGAACCUCCCGGCUACCAGAGCAGGCAUAUUCUCCUGCGCCCAACCAUGCAGACGUUAGCCUGCGACGUGCAGUCCAUAACCAGCGAUGGCCAGGAAUGGACGCAGGAGGACAAACUAUUGCUUGAGAGCCAACUGAUCUUGGCUACUGCGGAACCCCUGUGCCUCGAUCCUUCCAUAUCAGUAGCCUGCACCACAAACAGGCUGCUUUAUAACAAGCAAAAGAUGAACACUCACGGGAUGAAAAGGAACUUCAAGAGGUAUUCUGCACCCUCUCUGAGUCGGCAGCAAGAGCUCUCUCAUUGUCCACCUCCUCCUGAGCUAAAUGUAUUGACUUCUUGCACAAAAAGCAAAGAAAGUUUAACAAGUGAGAAUUCUGACUUCAUAAUUUCUAAAGCAGAAAAUUAUGUAGAUAAGUGGAAACAGAGACCCUGUGACUUGGCUGUACCUUCUGAAGUGGAUGUGCAGAAAUAUGCUAAAUGGGAGAAGUUUGUCAAAUAUGAUGACUCACAACCAACAGUCUGGCCAGCCCAUGAGGUAAAAGAUGAUUCUGUAUUUGGAUAUGAAGGUGCUGAUGAGUCUCAGACAACAAAGCUGACCUUCACGCAGUCACUUAAUGAUCCACUUAUGUCUGGAAAAGGAAGGCAAUGUAAAAAAGUCAGAUAUGAGAGACAGAUGUCUCCUCCUCUGCACCCCUCCACAGAUGACCAUUCAGAUAGUGUCAUGCCUGGGUCAAAGACUGAUGCUGGGGUAGUAGUCACUGAGUCAGAAGUGGUGGUCCUGCAGAAGACCAAAUAUCCGGUCACCAUGUCACAAAGUUCCAGCAACUCAGCGCGCCUCAGCCAGCUUCCUCCAGGGAAAGAAACUGAACAGCCUAAAACUGUGUCUGUUCAGUCUUCAGUCCAGGGGAAGGGAGUCAGACAUCCAUCUCCAACCAUCAAACUUCCGUCGAGCUCAGAAAAGACUUCAUCAGGAAACAGUUUUACUCCGUGGCAAGGAAACAGCUUUCUUAAAUCUCCAUCUCCUCCACCCAGGUCGCGGCCAACUCCCAGAAGCCCUCUCUCCCAGAAAUCCUCUGUAGAAGUGAAACGAGUUAACAUUCUUCCUGCAGCCUCCCUGUCCACCGCCAGCUCAUCACAGAGAAGCCUGGCCACCCCAGUGAUGGCCAGCUCUGCGGGCCACAACAUCAUCAAAGUGGUGGGCCCUGGUUGUGGAGCCCAGGCUUUGGGGAGAGGUCCCAGUCCCAGGAAGGGCUCUACCUCUGGGACCACAGCUCCUGCGGGAAUCAAGCCCAGCACCCUGCCCUCAGGAGCUCGGCCACCAAAUGCAGUGCCUGAUGCACCGCCGAUUCCUUCUCAAGUAGGUGUUCAAUUUAUUUUAAAAAAUGCCUCCAGUAUCAGUCCAGUAACUCUACUGGAGCUUCCACAAGUUUCGCUCCCUUUGAACACCCCGCAGCAGCCUCAGCAGCAGUGGCUCUAUCAGUUGAUUCCACAAACACAACUGCAACAACCCACAACUACUAGUCAACAGCCCACAACUACUGGUUCUCAGGAGCCAGUGCCACAGGGUUCCAGUGCACGAGGUUCAGCCAGUCAGAGAACAGUGUCAUCUGCUCAGCAAGCCAUUGUCCUUAACCUCCCUGGAGCAGGAAGUUUUCUGCAGCCCCAGGCGGUGGUGUUGGCUGCGCCUGGCUCUGCGGAGAGCCAGAGAAGACCCCGGCAGAUCAGCCCUCGCCCUGUGCACCCACUGCUGCCGGCCCCUGCCUCGCAGCCGUCGCUCCUGCAGCAGGCACAACCCUUGAGAAUCUUGCAGGGCCCCGUGGCUGUCACGACAGUGGCCACGCAGACAGCUGGGCCGCCUCGGGGCCGGCAGGCCGCAAACCAGUCCAGAGGUAAAAGGAAGAAAGGUACAUCAACUACUCCAAAAUGCUAG